AUGAGUAUAUUUAACUAGUUUAAGAAUUUAGAUCUCUUUGGAAGCACCGUUUAGUUAAAUUACAGAAAAUAAUUAGAAUAUGUUACAAACUUUGGCGCACUUGGGACGAUAAUAAUGAUUUCAUUUAUAGCUAGUUUUUUAUGGAACAAGGCGAUAUAGUUUAUCAAUAAAGAAACUUUAAUUGUACAAGAAUAUUUAAAUUAUCAGACAGACCCAACUCUCUUGACUUUAAAUUAGCAUAAUUAUAUGUUUGGAGUCAGAAUAAAAUAGUCUAAUUUCUUAAGCAGACCUUUCUUUAACAUAACUUUAGAGCAAAGAAAUUAUUAUUAGGAUGAUAGUGGAAUCAAAUAAGAAGUGAAAAUUUUACAGCUUGUGCCAUGCACAGAAUAGCACUGGAAAAAAUUUGAUGGCUCUUAUAACUUUACAAAUUAUCUUAAUUAAAAUAAAUAUGAUUUUCUUUGUCCCAGAUUAGAAGAUGAAAUGUAUUUAUCAGGAAUGUAUAACAGCUAAACAUUUUCUUUUUUAAAAAUAUAUGUUUCUGAUUGUGUGAAUGCAACUACACCUAGAGCUAUAGGAUAAUGGGAUCCUGUAUGUGCCUCAUAGGAAGAAAUUGAAAGCGAAUUAUUAAAAAUAGGAGCUCAUGGUUUUUCAUUUAUUAUGACAAGUAGUCUAAUAAAUAUUUAAAAUUAUACAUAGUGGAAUCAGUACUAUCUAAAUGAUGAUCAUUAUUUUACUUUUGUGCCAAAAAAAAUGGCUAAAAAUACAAAUACAUUUUUGAGGCUUUACAACCUUACAAGUGAUGUCAGUUUAUGGCCUUUAGAUUAAAUUGUAGAAGAUAGCAUUUUUUCCUAUUAAACAGGAGAUAUGUAAUAAACUAUAGAAUUAGGUAGAAACGAUGAUAAAUAUGUCGUUUUGUAUAUUAGAAGGAGUCCUUUCAAUUAACAAAUUUAGAGAAGGUAUUAAAAAAUAUCUGAGUUUAUGAGUGCAUUAGGAGGAUUUAUUCAGCUUAUUUUCAUUAUAUUUAGUUUCAUCUUUAAAAAAUAUAACGAAGUAAAUCUCUAAAUAGAUUUAAUAAACUAAUUGUAUGAUUUUUAGAUAGAUGAGGUAUCAUCUGCAUAAAGUAAAAAAUGUCUAAAUUCUUUGCAGCAAGAUUUCGAAGAAAAUCAACUAAUUUCUAAAAAAAAAGAUGAUUUCCCAAAUACUCAAAAAAUUGUAAGAAAUAGUAUUAUUAAUAAAAAGUUAGAUUUUCUUUAAGUAGAUGAUUCAAUCAAACUAGAUUCUGCUGCUCAAAUUAGCUCUGAAAAAUCCAAAAGUUAAAAUGCUUUUUCUAAGUUAAAUAAUACUAAUAAUGAAGACAAGCAUAUUGGUAUGACAUCUCCUACACAAAUUCUAAGGAUUUAAUUAAAUAAAAGCACUCAGAAAAAAAUGAACAUCAAGAAUAAUUUUGAAUAGAAAACUUUAUUUCAAGGGAACAGAAAUGAUAUUAUAAGCCAACCAAAAUAAAAUCAUAAAAAAAAAGAUCAAUAAAAUAAUAUUUUUUUUGAUUUUAAGAUAUAAAAUAACUUCAGCAUAGAUAAUUAUAAAUAAAAGACUUCAAAAGAAGAAGAAAAAAUUCAAUAAUAUUUUACUAAAAUAUAAAAUGAAAUUGAGAUAUAAUAAAAAUUAAAGCAAAAAAAGACUUCUUUUUUAUAAAAAAUAGUAAAUAAAUUUAAAAGAAAAAAUAAAGAAUAAAAAAAUAAUUUUUUACAAUAAAAUUAAAUAUAAAACUAUAAAUAAAGCUCCUAAAAAUAAGAUAUCCCUUAUACUGAAAAAAUUAAAUACGUUGUCUACAAAUUCAGAGAGCUUAUUAAAGAGAAAGAACAUCUAUUUUUAAGUUCAUCAAUUUUUAUGUGCUUUGAAAGUUACAAGAAAAAGUGGUAAAUGCUCAAAAAGGGUUUUGAAUACAUCAAAAAUGAUUUAGAUAUUUGCAUAAUUAUUGAAAAAAUUUAAGAAAUGUAAAAAAUGAAAAACUUAUUUUUGACUUAAGAAUAAGAGAUUAUUUUUAAUUUUAUUCCAAAGCCAAUUAUUACUCCAUCUAGCAAUUUAUAACAAUUAAAUAGGCGCAGUCUUGUCAAUGAUGAAUUAAUUACUCAUCAUUUCAAUUAAUUUUAAUAAAAUAAUACUUAAUAAAAUUAAGAUUUACCAACGUUGGUAACAAGAAUGUCAUACAAUACUUUAGGAGCUUAUCAAAUUUUAUUUGAAAGCUAUUUAAAAGUUAUAUAAGAAAAAGAUGAAUAAAGCUAGGUAAGCAGUAAACUUAUAUCUUAUUUAGGUGAUGAGUUGUGUGAAUUGUUUGAUGCAUAUGAUUUUUUACUUUAAAAUCCUUAGUCUACAUAGUUACAUAAAAAAAUAAACACUUUAGAACUAUCAAAAUUUUAAAAUUUUUAAAAAGGAGAAAUACUUUAAGAGGCUGAAGGAUUAAAAAAAUCAAAUGAUUUUAUUUUUAGUAAAAAUGCUGAUUUUCAAUAAUCUAUCAAACUUGGCCUAGAGUAGCUAAAUAAAUUCAUUCAAAGUGAAAAUAUAAAUUAAUUAUAAAUUUAAGAAUGUGAAAUUGAAAAUAUAGAAUCUGAUACAAAAUAAGAAGUUUUAACAAGCAAAGAAAUGUCAGUAUUAUCAUAAGUAUCUUAACAAGAUUAUGUCAGUUUUAACAAUAAUAUUAACUAAUUAAGUAAUAAUAUUGUAUAAAAUUAUUACCAAAAAACCAUCUAAGGGUUUAUCAAUAAUAAAAACAAAAAAUGA